CCAACGUAACGGUGUUUGGCGUCUCAACGAAAGACAAUCCGCUUCAAAACUCUCGACUAUUGACAUCGUACUACACAGUAGUACCAAUAUUCCAUUCAACAGAGUGUCUCAUUCUUAUGGGAGAUCUUGCUUACGCCAACUUCGGCGACGCCGAUGACUUAGAGGACAAUGACGAAGAUAUUGGAGCGCUUGGAAGCAUUUUGUCCUGGGAAGAUGACGAGGAGGGAAACCAGUCCAUGAACGCAAUAUCGGCCGCUCUGCGGGAAAAGGAAAGUGCUUCCUCGGAAACGAGCUCGGUUCCUCCUGAUACGGUACAGUUUUCAUCGAGGGAUGGUCAAUUCAAUUUUUACUCCAAUGGUUUUUCGACGGCGAGCGAAACCAGUAAUUCUGGGAAUCCACUGCAUCUUCAAACUCUUAGUUCUGAAAAUAAAGGAGGGGCUCUUACCAUGCAGCUUCCCAUGCCAACUCGAGUUGCCAAUUUUGCUCAAAACCAAGAGCAAAGUCCCCAACUACGAUCUCAGCCAUCCAAUGCAAACCAGCAAACCGCGCAAUCUAAUACACAAUAUCAGCUAGACAGCCCACAACAUCCCGAAAAUACGAUGUCGCAGUGUAGACCGCAGCAGGGUUCAAAUAAUUCGGCGAACCUGAACCAAAGUCAGGGUUUGACGGCUGCUAGUUUCGCACAGCUGCUUGCACAACAAGGUCGAAGUUUUAUGCAACAGCAGUCUCAAUCGGUUCAGAACCAGCAGUUUAUUCAGCCGAACCAUCAAAAUGCCAAGGAUGCAGUGCAGCAGAACGGACAACAAAGUCAGAAGAUGCAGUAUGCUGAUCCAAGCGCCUUUUUACAGCAACUUCAGAUUGCUCAGCUUCAGCAACAAUUGCAAGUUGCUCACCAGCAGGCCUUGCAAACGCAGCAGAGUAAUCAGCAGCCACAGGCUUCUCUCUCUUCGGACAAUCAGCACCAGAUUGGACAGUAUCCACAAAAGCAAACACAAGGGGCAUACCCAGCCCCUGUAAGUCGAACACUCGCCCAGCAACCUUCAAAUCCAGCUCAGUCCUAUGGUGUUAACCAGGCCUCUGUUCAACAAGGCUCUGGUUCAAACCAACAGAUGCUACUCAGCCAGCCCAAUUCGCAGGUAUCUUUCCAGGUUCCUGCUUCUAGGUCCACCGCAGCUCCUGAACUCGCAUCCGCCACAAAUAUAGCGAAACCGCCCAUGAAGAAGAAAUCGAGAGUCUCGGGCAAAGAGGCGAUGCCAUCAACAUCUAGCACGACGCAGUCCACUCUUGACGGGGUGGUUUCAGCCAGUGAUACUGAAGAAUCAUCAAAAAGGAAGGACAGGUCGAUGUCUGUUGUUGGAAAAAGACUAAAAACUGAGCCUAUCGAUACAUCUAACAUGACGACUGAACAAAAAGCUAGAGCGAACCGCGACCGGAAUCGUGAACAUGCAAAAAAUACUAGGAUGCGAAAAAAGGCUUUUCUUGAAGAACUAAAGACAACCGUUGACGAUCUGUGCCAAGAGAGAGAUACUCUUGUGUCAGAGCGUACAUGCGCAGCGAGUGUAAUGGUGGAGAUGCACAACACAAGAACUGAAGUGCUUAUGUCUUUCUUCGCACUUCGCUCAACUAACGAGAAGCGCCGGGAGCUAUGGGCAAGCAUUCUUGACGAGAGCUGCUUCACAUGUGCCGUCCCUGUAACGCCCUAUCGCUCUUUCCCUGCUAGUGAGGUGCAGGCAUCGAAGUGCCAACGGACAAUUCUAGGGAUAGAUGGAAUGAUUGCCGAUACGGCGUCGAUCAAUGUCUUGUUUGACUCGAUUGUCGACAGAAAAAAGUACCCCGAGGGAAAAAUUGAAUUCCGUUAUACACUCGUAACCGAGGAAGCUGUUGUCGCUGGCAACCAAAUGAUGGCCCGAUGGGUGAUGACUACGACAAAUGCAGUUCAGUGUGGUGCAAAGAUGGAAGUUGCGAAGCAGGGGAUGCUAUGCUGCAAGUUCAACAGCGCCCAUAAGAUCAUUGGUCUUGAACUCAUGUUUGACGUUAUGGCAUUUAUGCUCCAACUGAAGCAUACUGUGGGAUCUGACGGCUUCUCUGUUGUCCCGAAUACUGUGCAGACUUGCCAGCGUGCCUUUGAUACCCCAAUAAUGAUGAUACUGGCCGAUUCUCCUUAUACAAUUGUUCAAGUGAACAAGUUGUGGGAGGAAAUGACUGGGUACACCGCGGAAGAAGUCGUCGGAAAGGUUGGGCUUGCUAAAUUGCAAUGCCCGAGAACCGACGAGAGAACUCUACAGGGGCUGAUGCACGAGAUUCGAUUUAAGCGUCCGUCGGCCUCAAAACUUCUUCAUUCCAAGAAAAAUGGUGACACAUUUAUGAACUUUCUUGUGGCCUACCCUCUAAGUACUGAUUCCCGAAUCACCCACUAUCUCAUAGUCACGGAGCACACUGGAUGGCCUUCUCUCAAGACCGCGGGAAAGGGUACUUUAACUGGCUCUAUUCCAAUGCCUUCUCGGCAAUCGACAACAUCGUCGAUUGCGAGUAGCUCGGAUACAAAUCUUUCUUGAACGACUUCGAUAAAUUGUACUCCGAGCCCGAACGCCGCUCCGUCAAUGAGUCCAAGUUUCUUCACAAGCCUACAGCAGAACCAAACAAAUCCAGUGGCAGUGGCAGGGUUACUUUCUACUUCCUCAUUAUCAGAAGGCAUAUCAAACAAGAGCGAAUAGAUGUAUUCCUGUCGUUUUAGUUGUACUGCCGGAGUAUUUUUAUACUCUUGAUUUUUCAAAGGUCGAAGGACAAAGAGCUUGUUCGUGUACAAUAUUUGACUCUAUAUAUUGAUUUUGUACUAACAACACGCGUGAACGAUACGCUUUUACAGCU